GCAGUUGUUUAAAUUUUCUCUCUCAGCUGUGACGCAGAUAUUUUCUCUGUGUGAAGCUUGGUUCUGAUGAAUGAGGUGUCAUGUUUCUAAAGCUCCAAAGUCUCUGUGACUGGAUGUGAACUGAGCAGCUGAACAUCUUCCAUGUUGUAGUGAGUGAGUGCAGCUCUCCCAGCAGCUGUUUCUCUGCUAUGGAUCAGUGUGAGGACAGAGAGGAGGGAGUCCCUCCCUCUAAAAGCUCUCUGUGUGGGGAACAUGACAGCCAGACCAAAGCUCAGAGUAUCAGGAUGCAGCAGCAGAGAGCAGACUCUCCUGAACCCAGCUGUGUGUCCAUGAAGAGUGAUCGGUCUAUGGGUCAUCCUAUGACAUUUAAAGAUGGACAACUUGCUGAUGGAAGGAUGCAGCAGCAGAGAGAAGACUCUCCUGAACCCAGCUGUGUGUCCAUGAAGAGUGACGGGUCUAUGGGUCAUCCUAUUAAUUUUAAAGAUGGACAACCUGCUGAUGGAAGAGUUCAGCAGCAGAGCUCAGAGGUUCCCAGUGAUCAGUCUGCACAGCAGCAUCAAACACAGCUGGACUCCAUAUUUAUGCUGCUGGAGGAGAACAUCGUCACUUUUGUGAAGAAUGAGCUGAAGAGAGUCCAGAGGGGUCUGAGUCCAGAUGACCCAGAAUGCUUAGAGAGUCAGAGUGAGGAUGAGGAGGUGUUGGACGGUGAGGAGGAAGAGCAGAGGAGGAGCAACAGAGAGGCAUUUCUGAAGAUCACAGUGCACUUCCUGAGGAGAAUGAAGCAGGAGGAGCUGGCUGAGCGUCUGCAGAGCAGGUUGUUCCCAUUAGUAUACAGGGAGCAGAUGUUAAAUUCUAACCUGCAGAAGAAGUUCCAGUGUCUGUUUGAGGGGAUCGCUAAAGCAGGAAACCCAACCCUUCUGAAUCAGAUCUACACACCGCUCUACAUCACAGAGGGAGGGACUGCAGAGGUCAAUGAUGAACAUGAGAUCAGACAGAUUGAAACAGCAUCCAGGAAACCAGACAGACCAGAAACAACAAUCAGACAAGAAGACAUCUUUAAAGCCUCACCUGGAAGAGAUGAACCAAUCAGAACAGUGAUGACAAAGGGAGUGGCUGGCAUUGGGAAAACAGUCUUAACACAGAAGUUCACUCUGGACUGGGCUGAAGACAAAGCCAACCAGGACAUACACUUCACAUUUCCAUUCACUUUCAGAGAGCUGAAUGUGCUGAAAGAGAAAAAGUACAGCUUGGUGGAACUUGUUCAUCAUUUCUUUACUGAAACCAAAGAAGCAGGAAUCUGCAGGUUUGAAGAGUUCCAGGUUGUGUUCAUCUUUGACGGUCUGGAUGAGUGUCGACUUCCUCUGGACUUCCACAACACUGAGAUCCUGACUGAUGUUACAGAGUCCACCUCAGUGGAUGUGCUGCUGACAAACCUCAUCAGGGGGAAACUGCUUCCCUCUGCUCGCCUCUGGAUAACCACACGACCUGCAGCAGCCAAUCAGAUCCCUCCUGAGUGUGUUGGCAUGGUGACAGAGGUCAGAGGGUUCACUGACCCACAGAAGGAGGAGUACUUCAGGAAGAGAUUCAGAGAUGAGGAGCAGGCCAGCACCAUCAUCUCCCACAUCAAGACAUCACGAAGCCUCCACAUCAUGUGCCACAUCCCAGUCUUCUGCUGGAUCACUGCUACAGUUCUGGAGGAUGUGUUGAAAAGCAGAGAGGGAGGAGAGCUGCCCAAGACCCUGACUGAGAUGUACAUCCACUUCCUGGUGGUUCAGUCCAAACUGAAGAACAUCAAGUAUGAUGGAGGAGCUGAGACAGAUCCACACUGCAAUAAAAAGAGCAGGAAGAUGAUUGAGUCUCUGGGAAAACUGGCUUUUGAGCAGCUGCAGAAAGGCAACCUGAUCUUCUAUGAAUCAGACCUGACAGAGUGUGGCAUCGAUAUCACAGCAGCCUCAGUGUACUCAGGAAUGUUCACACAGGUCUUUAAAGAGGAGAGAGGGCUGUACCAGGACAAGGUGUUCUGCUUCGUCCAUCUGAGCCUUCAGGAGUUUCUGGCUGCUCUUCAUGUCCAUCUGACAUUCAUCAAGUCUGGAGUUAAUCUGCUGGAAGAAGAACAAACAACAUCCAGGUUGUCUAAAGUGAUGAAAAACAAACCAACACGUUUCUACCAGAGUGCUGUGGACGAAGCCUUAAAGAGUCCAAAUGGACACCUGGACUUGUUCCUCCGCUUCCUCCUGGGUCUUUCACUGCAGACCAAUCAGACUCUCCUACGAGGUCUGCUGACACAGACAGGAAGUAGCUCACAGAAAAAUCUGAAAACAGUCGAGUACAUCAAGAAGAAGAUCAGUAAGAAUCUGUCUGCAGAGAGAAGCAUCAAUCUGUUCCACUGUCUGAAUGAACUGAAUGAUCGUUCUCUAGUGGAGGAGAUCCAACAGUACCUGAGAUCAGGAAGUCUCUCCACAGAUAAACUGUCUCCUGCUCAGUGGUCAGCUCUGGUCUUCAUCUUACUGUCAUCAGAAGAAGAUCUGGACGUGUUUGACCUGAAGAAAUACUCUGCUUCAGAGGAGGCUCUUCUGAGGCUGCUGCCAGUGGUCAAAGCCUCCAACAAAGCUCUUCUGUCAGGAUGUCUGAUCACAGAGGAAGGCUGUGCUUCUCUGGCCUCAGCUCUAAGCUCCAACCCCUCCCAUCUGAGAGAGCUGGACCUGAGCUACAAUCAUCCAGGAGACUCAGGAGAGAAGCUUCUGUCUGCUGGACUGAAGGAUCCACACUGGAGACUGGACACUCUCAGGUUGAGUGACUGUAACCUCUCCGAGAGAAGCUGUGCAGCUCUGUCCUCAGUUCUCAGCUCCCAGUCCUCUAGUCUGAGAGAUCUGGACCUGAGUAACAACAACCUACAGGAUUCAGGAGUGAAGCAGCUUUCUGCUGGACUGGAGAGUCCACACUGUGGACUGGAAACUCUCAGGUUGAGUGGCUGUAACCUCUCAGAGAGAAGCUGUGCAGCUCUGUCCUCAGUUCUCAGCUCCCAGUCCUCUAGUCUGAGAGAUCUGAACCUGAGUCACAACGACCUGCAGGAUUCAGGAGUGAAGCAGCUUUCUGAUGGACUGAAGAGUCCACACUGUGGACUGGAAACUCUCGGUCUGUCAGGAUGUCUGAUCACAGAGGAAGGCUGUGCUUCUCUGGCCUCAGCUCUGAGCUCCAACCCCUCCCAUCUGAAAGAGCUGGACCUGAGCUACAAUCAUCCAGGAGACUCAGGAGAGAAGCUUCUGUCUGCUGGACUGAAGGAUCCACACUGGAGACUGGACACUCUCAGGAUGGACCAUGGUGGACUGCAGAGACUGAAACCUGGUCUGAGGAAGUAUGCCUGUGAACUGGAACUGGAUCCAAACACAAUGAACAGAAACCUCAAACUGUCUGAUAACAACAGGAAGGUGACGCAUGUGGAGGAGGAUCAGUCAUAUCCUGAUCAUCCAGACAGAUUUGAUCACUGGCAUCAGCUGCUGUGUAGAAAUGUUCUGACUGGUCGCUGUUACUGGGAGGUCGAGUGGAGAGGAAUAGUUUAUAUAUCAGUGAGUUACAGAAGAAUCAGAAGGAAAGGAAACAGUGAUGACUGUGGGUUUGGAUUGAAUGAUCAGUCCUGGAGUCUGAGAAGCUCUGCUGGUCGUUACUCUGUCUGGCACAAUAAGAGACAAACAUCCAUCUCCUCCUCCUCCUCCUCCUCCUCCUCCUCUGUCUCUAACAGAGUAGCAGUGUAUGUGGACUGUCCUGCUGGCACUCUGUCCUUCUACAGAGUCUCCUCUGACACACUGAUCCACCUCCACACCUUCAACACCACAUUCACUGAACCUCUGUGUGCUGGGUUUACAGUCUGGUCUGGUUCAGUCUCUCUGUGUCUCUGUAGGAGGGAGAGUCUCUCAGACAGAAACUCUGGUAACUGAA